AUGCAGCAGCCUGCGGUACAACAAACCGCAGAGGUCCUGGACUCAGCGGAGCAGUAUGCAAAGCGCCGUCGGACAGCUCUGUGGAGCUCUGUGGUUCUGCUCUUUCUAUCCGUGGUAAUCUUGAUCAUAGGGCUUGUGUCUGCCACACGGACGGGGAAUGUUGCUGUCGCUGGAUACUACCCUGGCAUCAUUCUGAGUUUCGGAGCUUUCUUGGGAAUUGUGGGAAUCAAUUUGUUUGAGAACCGCAGACCAAUGCUGGUGGCUUCCAUCAUCUUCAUCAGCCUGGGUGUGAUCUCCUGUUUCUUCUGUGCCAUCAUUGACGGCAUCAUCGCCGCUGAGUUCAUCGAUAGGAGACCUCUGAUGGAGGGAAGGUGUGAAUUCUAUGGAAGUGUUUCAAACUAUGGCUAUGACAACUAUUACACUGAGGUGAUGUGUUUCUCUUUUAACAGUAAAUGUAAGAUCAGGGUGAAAAGCAAUACCUGUUACUGCUGUGACUUACACAACUGUGAGAGCCCUGACUACCAUGCUCACUACUAUGAGUUUACUGGUGUGAGCAGCUGUUGGGAUGUGGUCCACUUACACAGGCUGCUGUGGGCCUGUGUGGUGCUUAACGUCCUGGGCGUGUUUCUGGGCAUCAUCACCGCUGCCAUCCUGGGUGCCUAUAAAGACAUGGCGCCUGCUACUCAGCCUCAGAUGUCCCCCAGUCCUGCCCCCCCUCCACACAUCCUCUAUAACCCCACCCAACACGUGAUGACUUACGCUGGCUUCUGUCCCUCCGGCCAAGCCCUGCCAACCUACCCCAAUUACCCUCUACCCAUGCAGCACCUCAACAGUUAUCCGCCGGCCACCCAGGCCCAGGCCAGUUCUGAGGUGGCUGUGUCCCCCUCUGAUGAAAGCCAGGCUCCCUCUCAACCCCCUGCAAACCCUCAGGUACCGACCCAGUCCACCUCCCAGGACUCCUCAGGGUACAUGCUAACUCCCAACGCUCCCUCCCUCUACGGACCCUCCUUCAGCCCCUUUGAGAAGCCACCACCAUACGCCUGUUGA